AUGCCUCCUCAACAACCCAGUCAAGGCCGAGUUGCCCGAUCCAGGGGCGGUUGCGUAACAUGCAGGUCGAAACAUGCAAAAUGCGACGAAACAAAACCAACUUGCAAGUCAUGUGCUGCACGUGGUCAAAAAUGCGGUGGAUACCGUCUGGAUGUUCGCUGGUCUACCAAGCAUGAGAAGCGCCCCCGACAGCCUCAAUCGCGUCCUCGCCAGUCGCGCACAGAGGGCUCACCUUCAGCACAGUCUACGGAAGCUCAAUCAGACACCCACUCUCAGACUUCAUAUAGAUCUGAGAGUGCCUCAGUAGCUGGGAUAAGCUCUAUGGCUUCCGCAACGACAGUUGUAUGCAGCGACUUUGACCCAGCUGCAAGCGCGUCUGUCUUUCAUCUGAACGGCAUUGUAUCGCCCUUGUUCCCGAUGUCUACAGAAAGUGACUUCUUCUCACAUCAAUUGGAACAAGAACAAGAGGAUGCAAGUCAUCUUAUUGGUGGCAUAGAUAGCGACAACCACGACGCUUACUCUUUAUCGAACAUGACUUCCUCCGUGUCACCGUUGCAGUGGGGAGACGAUUUAUUAGGGUCUGUUCAAAGUGACAAAGACCUAAACUCUUCUUCAGAGAUUGUAUCACUUCCGACUGGCAACAUGGCCUUCGAUUUUGACAUUCCCUUACCAACAGUCGAUCCUGGCAGACUCACUUUCGAGAUGACACCAAAUGCAAUCACAUACACGCCAUCUGUCCUCAUCGAAUACUGGUUUCGCCAUGUCUGUUCUCUGUGGUCAAAUUACGAUUCCGACGUCAAUCUCAACCGCACCAUCGCAGCCGCCCUAUGGUCCAACUGUGAGCUUGUUUACCUCAGCCUGCAAGCCAUGUCCGCGGCGCACCUAUCUGCCAAAGUGUCAAUGAUGCGACAAACAUCCAUUACCAAUAUGAAAGCGGCAGCCGAGAUUAUGAGAGCUGACUUACAUACUGUCAAAUCCCAUCAGCUCUUUCACUCAGUACCCACCAGCCUGCUGUUCUCACUCAUGGGUAUCGGGACAAGCAUUUGCUGGCUCAAUGCAACCCAUCUGGGAUUGCCGUUCUUAUGCGAAGCAAAAGCCAUCCUUCAUGCUGUCAACAAGAAUAAGCACGCAUUAUCCGAAGAUCAACGGAAACUUCUUUCCUUCUUCAACAAGAGCUGGCUGUAUUGCGAGAUGCUUUUAUCCAUGGUAACAUCGAGCUGCAAAAGCCUACAGAAGAUGGAAAAAAUGGGUGACAUCGAGGAAGCAGUUCCUGUGACUGCGCCUGUGACUGCGGAUCCAAUUGAGCAGGUUCCACAUCCAUGGACUGGGGUCUCGAGUGACAGCUACAAACUGUUCAUGCGCGCAAUGAAGCUCUGUCACAAAUUUCGGCGCAAGAUUCGGAAACCACAAGACAUGUUUGCAUCAGCUAACAUAAGCGCUGCCAUGCAACUCAUUGAAGAAGCUGCCGUGGUGGAGAAGCAGACUUGUCAUCUCGAUGUGGAAUGCCGCGAGACAAUUGGAGAGACAAAUGACAAGAAGACGCCCAAUCAACACUUGUUCACUGUUGCUGAGGCCUACCGCCAGUCAACCCUUUUACAAUUAUACCAGACCUUUCCGGAACUUAUCGUAAGACGACACGAGCUGGAUGAAUCGCAGGCGAAAGAUGCUCAAGCUUUGUGGGAUAACUGGAUUACCCCCAUCGCUCUGAGCUUGGUGGGGAUACUGAAGCUAUUGCCUACAGACUCGGGUAGCAAAAUGACCCAGCCACUACUCUGCGUCUCGGCCAGCACUGGACUCAGGCGACAACAUCUGGAGGCUAAAGUCGACGUGCCCAGAGAUAUUCCUUUCAGCCAAGACACCAGCUUGGAGGACUGCGACAUGAUCAAUUACCUUGACUUCGCCGGCCUUCACGAUGAGCCGCCCGAGGAAUCAGAACCAGAGCCAGAUCCAGAUACAAAUGCGGAAAUCAUGGCUGGAAGAAAAUUCCUUCACGAUCGUUUGGAGACGUUGAAGACAGUACUUCCACCGAAACCAGUUGCCGUGGCCCAGGAUUUGACUAAAGCUAUCUGGCAAGCCUACGACACGGAACAAUGCGCGAAGUAUGCCACGCAUUGGAUAGAUGUGAUGGAUAGUCGGAAUUUGAAGUCGAACUGGGGAUAG